GCCGUGAAGCUCAGCCAGCCUGACCCGUGAACCAGACCGAGUGAAGACCAGCGCGUGAGGGAAAGCGGACUGAAGUCAGACCAGAAUCAUGGACCCUGAGCUCCCUCUGUCUUCACUGAGGAUUUAAACUCACCUGGACGAAAGAGAGGAAACCAGGUCACAAGAGCAGAAGAGCGACUGAGAUUCACCGCAGCCAAAGCCCAGCUAGGCCAUGCUCGCGCUAUGACCACCACAAUGGUUCAGUCUGUGAUGUUGACAGUCCUGAUGCAUGUUUUCCUGCUGUCCCACGGUGCUCAGUGUUCGGAGCCUGUAGAGAGAGCCUCCCAUCCCUCAGGUGCCCUGGACCUCCCAUGGCAGGAUGAGCUGUGCUGUGACUCACCUUCAGCCCACCUGCCUGCGGAGGGAGGCGAGGCGAACCGCUCUGAAUCAAACCUCCCACACCGCCGCCGCUGCAGCUUCAGGGCCGCGACAGCCCAGUCACAUCCUCAUGAGCCCUCUGCCGGCACCUGUUUGGACAUACUGUGCAGAAUCGAUGAAAACUGGGAAAAUUUAACUUGUGACCUGCAGUCUCACAGUCCACCAUCAACCACGCUGGAUGCUGGUCUCAUGGCAGUUAGCUUACAGCGUCUGUUGUCUCAGAAAGAGGACACCAAGGCAAGCGAUGGGGACACUGCAGCUGAUGAUCCUGUUGUCUGUGAAGCAGAGGAUUCCUUCAUGUGUUCAGUCAGCCUUGACGCUACGACAAGCUUUGUCACCGUGGUAACCGUCAGCAUCUCUGACGCCACAGCUCCGCCAGUCCCACUCAGAAUACCUGCCCGACCUGUGAAACCAAGUCCUCCAGUCAACCUGUCACAUGUGCAGACCAUUGAGGCGGAGCUGAUCCUACACUGGGACGACCCAUCGGACUCUGAUACCGGCCCGCUGAGAUACGAGGUCCGAUACUCUUCCAACACCACUCAUCCGGCCUGGCAGGUGAUGGCUCCACAUGGAGAGCCCAGGUUGCCUCUGGAUCUGAAGCCCAGACUGAACUACACCAUCCAGGUUCGCUGCUCCAGCCUGGACCAGCCCCCGCUGUGGAGCGACUGGAGUGAACCUCACCACAUCUACCUGGACACGGUGAGCUACAUCCCUGAGAAAGUGGUGGCGCGACCGGGGGAGAACGUCACGGUGUACUGCGUGUUCAACGACCACAACAUCAACGCCAGCACGGCCAUGUGGAUGCUCAACUUCCAGCAGCCGCUUCAUCGCAGUCAGUACCACCCUGUCAACCAAUGGGUCAGCCAGAUCACGGUGCGUCCCUCGGAGACUCGGAUGUACGAGCUGCUGCAGUGUACUCAGGAGUGGACCAUCCCAUACAGCCAGAUCUAUGUGGAAGGAGCUUCCAUCGACAUCCACUGCGAAACCAACGGCGACAUCGAUGCUAUGGACUGCAGCUGGAAGAACACGCAGUGGACUAAACCCAAAUUCAGGUCCAGGUGGGCGGACCUGUCGUGUGACGUGAUGGAGGAGAGGGAGAGAGCGGGCGAGAAAGUUGGGGAGAUGGGACCUGCUUGCCUGCAGGUCCGAUCCAAACAGAAAACCUGCACCAUCCAGCCUCUGAGGAUGAACUGCUACAAGCUGUGGCUAGAAGUGUCGUCCAUACUGGGCCCCAUCAGGUCUAAACCCGUCUACCUGUCCCCCAUAGAUCAUGUGAAACCCCACACACCCACUAAUGUGAGGGCAGUGAGCCGGAGCAGUGGCGUCCUGAGGGUCAUGUGGGAGCCUCUGCCUCUGCCGGUCGAGGGGCUCCAGUGUCAGUUUCGGUACCACGCCCCGUCCGCUGUGAGAGCCCAGUGGAAGGUCCAGAGUCCAGUGCGGGUGCCGUGGGCGGAGGUCGCGGUGUCCGACAUGUGCCAGGUGUACGUGGUCCAAGUACGCUGCAAGCACACCAACGGCACGGGCUACUGGAGCGAAUGGAGCGAAUCCGUCUACUCCACACCGCAGAACAGCAGAGCUCCAGAGCGUGGUCCUGAUUUCUGGAGAGUUCUCCAAGAUAACCCACACAGAAACCAGACUAAUGUCACUCUGCAAUUUGAGCGUCUCCAAACAUCAGGACGCUCGUACUGCGUGGAUGGAUUUAUUGUCCAGCACCAGGACUCGAGUGGCUCUGUGAUGAGGAAACAGAUCGAGCUGGCGUCCUCCUACAGCUUUGAAUGGAACCAGCUGCCCCAAACUGUGACUGUGGCGGCCUACAAUAGUCUGGGGAGCUCCGCCGACAACAUCAACAUGACGCUGGAGAGACAGCCCCGACGCCGCUGCCUGCGUUCGUUCACUGUGCUGGUUAUCAACAGCACCUGUGUGUCCCUGUCCUGGACUCUGAUGGAGAACAGCUCUGUGCCCCUCUUCAUGGUGGUCCAGUGGUCUCCACAGAGGCAGCAGGACUCUGAUCAUCACAGAGGCCAGAGUGGAGUAACAUGGGCCAGGCUGCCGUACACUGGCCGUCCCACCUAUCUGAGAGGUGAUUUCUUCGCCUCCAAGGAAUGUGGCUUCUACUUGUACCCUGUGUUCGCUGAUGGAGAAGGCGAGCCAGCGUACGCCACCGCCACCAGAGGAGACGCUGCAGCCUACAUGAUGCUGAUGAUCGUCUCCUUCCUCUCCAUCGUCCUGUUCGUCACCCUGGUCCUCUCCCAAAACCAGAUGAAAAAGUUUGUGUGGAAGGACGUGCCCAACCCAAACAAGUGCUCCUGGGCCAAAGGACUCGACUUCAAAAAGGCUGACACCUUUGACCACCUGUUCCGACCUCCAGAAGGCCUCCCAGCCUGGCCGCUGCUCCUGCCCUCUGAGAACAUUUCCAAAGUCGUCAUAGUGGACAAGGUCGAUCUCUCAGCUCUGACCACAGCUUUGGUCCAAGCCCCUCUCGUGUCCCUCACUCCAGACCCAGCCUUAUCCAUCUCCCUUCCACCAGAGGUCGACCAGGCCCAACCCGUGGAGAGUGAGGCGCCCCGAGGUGCAGCUCCUUCCUUUGCACUCAAUCUGGAUGUUUUAACCAGUUCGAACCCGAAAUUAGAUCAGCUACAGCUAGUGGAGCCCGGAGCAGACCAGCCCCCACGCAGCACCAACGGCUCUGCUCAGUCUUCAGUCACAUACGCCACCGUGCUGCUCUCUCAUCCGAAGCAGCAUCUCCACUAUAAGGAUGGCAGCGGCAGCAGCUCCAGCGACGAGGGCAAUUUCUCUGCCAACAACUCAGACAUUUCGGGAUCUUUCCCCGGUGGCCUGUGGGAGCUGGACGACCCGCGGCGCUCCUACAACUCUGUGGAGGAGCUUUCUGAACCAUCAGAGCAAGAAGACGAAGGGGAGGCAACAGAAGAGAAGGACUUGUAUUAUCUAAGAAUGGACUAUCCAGCAGAGGACGAGGACAGCGAGGAAGAUGAAGAGCAGAAGGAAGAGGCGACAAAGACUGGACUGCUUAAAAGCAUAGCUUUGAACAGAGAGGACCAUCGCGCGGAGUCGCACCCUUUGCUCGGCCCCGAGGACUCGAGCGAGCUGCUGUCAGCGUCGACGCGUGGCUGCUCUCCGCUGUACCUGCCUCAGUUCAGAACUGCUCCAUGCACGAGGCAGCUCACGGCUCGCCCACAAGACACCCCAGGCGUGACAGUCAGUCGAGAUCCCGCAUCUACCAAAGUGGAUUUGCAUAUGUUCCCUCAGACAUAGUGAGGUGUUGAGCUGGGAAAUGUAAAAAUACCUCGACUUGCGUAUGAUUGCAAAUUGUUUUUCAUCAGUGCUGCUAUUGUGUUCUGUGGGGAAAGACGUCAGGAGGGCACAAGCCUCAAUCGUAGGCAUUUCUUUAUUUCUUUAUGGGGCUUUGGAGCCCAGAUUCUACUGUGCCAUGCUGCUCCUCUGCAGUCGGUCACUGAUGCUGAGGAUAUUAAACUCACAUAUUUUCAAUGGAGGCCAGGCGAGUGGAAUAAACUACGGUUACUGCUCCCAGAGAGCAGCGGGCAGAUUGUACAAGCAGAGGAUUGGUCAUCAGGAAGGGAGCAGUGGAGGAGGGCGGCAUGUUGUGGCUUCAAACAUACAGCACAUUUCACAGGUGGUCAUACCUUACAUGCAUAGAAAAAAAGAUGCGGUAAUGCUGCACGUGCCUUCAUUCACUCAUCCGCUCCCAACGUCAUGCAGGAGGCAACUGUGCUUCAUUCUCUGCUGAAUUAUUUCAGCUGCAACUUGAGCGAAACAUGAGAGAGGUUCAAAGAGAAUAAAUAAAGGCACAGAAAGCCAGCGAGAAAAGGCACAUAAUCUGCUCAGUUCUGGUUUCCUCAAAGCACAUUAGACUGUGAAGUGAAGGCAAACCUUGGAUGUAACUCCAAAGCUAUUAGUGAGACUGCGUGAAAGCAGUUAAUAAGAAAGCAGAUGUAGUCUGUGAGGAACUGCAGGUGGUUGUUGGACACAGACUUUACUGCAUUUGUAGGCAGCUUGCGCAACAACAUCUGCAUGAGCUAACUCACCCACCAACCCAAAGAAUGUCUUUUUGUACUUUGUGCUGUCAUGUAUUUGAGAGUCUGUUACAGUCUGUGAGAAAUGUGAUACCUGUUUUCCCGUGUUUGGCCAUAAACACCUGCUGUCUGGUGUAAAUGGUGUCAACAAAGUGAUGUAUAUUUGAGGUAGGAAUAUGCUGAGACGUGGUUGACAGAAAUUGUUGUUGUAUUGAGAUCUUUUGUCUAUUUUUCAUGGUGAAAAUAAAGUGUUUAAUGU